UAGUACUAUCAACUAGAACUAACUUAACGUAUUCAGAUGUCCAGUCCUGGGGCGAGUAGCAGUGGCGGAAGCAGUGGCCGCCACCCUGUGUACAAAGGAAUAAGGAGAAGGAAGAGCAGCGGAAAAUGGGUGUCAGAAAUUCGAGAGCCACGAUCACCCAAUAGGAUUUGGCUUGGUACAUUUCCUACCCCGGAAAUGGCAGCAGUUGCUUAUGACGUAGCAGCACUGGCCCUUAAAGGCCGGGAUGCUGAGUUGAAUUUCCCGAACUCAGCAUCCUCAUUGCCUGUCCCGACUACCAACUCCCCUCGUGAUAUUCAGGCGGCUGCAGCCUGCGCGGCUGCAGCUCUUGGGGCAGCCGGGGAUGCUUUAGGCGCCCGUAGAGGAGUUGAUAAUAGCAACAAUAGACCGGUUUCCAGAGAGGUAGAAAAUUCAACACCUUGGAAUAAUAAUGAGUUUAUGGAUGAAGAUUUGAUCUUUGAUAUGCCAAAUGUUAUUAUGAAUAUGGCUGAAGGUAUGCUUCUUAGUCCUCCACGUUUCAACGUUCCUGACGAUGACACUUCUGCUGCUGAAUAUAUUGCUGACCAAGAUCUCUGGAAUUAUCCCUAAUUUAUCGAGAUAAAAUCUUAGCUUCAUAAUGACAAGUUUUAGUAGUAAUUAAUGAUGUUAAAUAAGAUGGGAAUAACUUAAUAACCUCAGCUUCGAAGGCUCCAUGUAAAGAAUGGGAUAGCUUUGUGUAAUUUGCAUGUUUUUUGCUA